GGCCCGGGGCUGGGGGGUGUUUGUUGGGGCUGGCUCCCAGCUGCGCCCCCGGGGAGCCCUGCCACACACAACGAGGAGGCAAAUAUUUGUGCCCAGACUUCACAGCCCAGCGAGAACAGCCGCAUUCCUGCCCCCAGCCACCUUAACCCCUUAGUACCCGGCUGGCUCCUGCCCCCCAACCCUGGGCCUGUGUCCCGGGCAGCCACAGCCCCAUGCUCUGAGGGCUGGGCUGCCUGCUGGGCCGUGGGCAGGGUGCUGGGCCUGGGGUGGUGGGAUCACACAUUGCUGUAGGGAUACAUGGAUGCCACAACCCAGUGCACACUGGCUCGCAGAUGCAGGCAUGUACACGCCUCUCCGCAACCUCCCCCUGCACAUACAGGCCUCCCAGCACACAAGCACAGGCACAUGCAUCUCCCAGCCAAAACCCAUGAAGUACACGGUCAUGCACAUGUGUGUACACGUACUGCUGCUCCCUGCUCAUAUGCUCUUGCCACAUGCGCUUUACCAGCUGGCAUGAGCAGGGUCCUGCCCACAGCCCCACCUUCCUGGGCUGGGACCCUGUGUCCCAUCCUGUGUCUGAGCAUCCUUGAAACAGGCCUAACUGCACUUGAGUCUUCCAAGAGGGCCCCUGUGUGCAGGGCCAGGAGGGGGUAUGCAAUGCCAGUGCUUGCUGCACCCCACCAUCUGGGUACCACGGGACUAGGAUGGCAGCACUUCCCUCCCUGGAGACAGCACCUGCUUCAGGGCUGAGCCUAGGCAGCCCAGGGCAUGGGGGUGGCCAGCAGGGAGAGGCCCCAUGGCUCUUGCCACUUGGCAUUGGAGCUCGCAGCUGCUCACGGGAGCUGUGGGUCCCUCCGCCAGCUCCAUACCUGCACAAAAGGAAAGGUGAGGGCAGGAAGGCAGUGGGGCCCUGCCCUGGCUGUGGAUGCCACCGUGCCCGGGCUGUGGCCUCUCUGGCAGGUGGGAGGCUCUCAAGGCCUUGGAGGCUGUGAGGUGGGGGUGGAGGACUGGUGCCCCCCAGGGAGGAAGGCGAGGGGGGCCGAGGCAGCGUGAAUGAGGUGCAGGAGGACGUGUUUGCUCCGGAUGUGGUGUUUAUUAGCCAUUUGCAAAUGCAAAGUGGGACCAGGAGGGAAGCGACAGCUCAUCAGGGCAGGAGCUCAGAGGUCCACCCCCCACGCCCCAGAGCACCAGCCACCCCAGGCCUGGAGCCCAAGGACCCUGGGAGUGCCCUUGAGGUGCCCAUGGCCUGAGCUGCAGCAAAUGUGUCUCCCACUGGCCACUUCCCACCUUGGACAGCAGCAGGAGAGUGAUGGUGGUGAAGGGGGCUGGCACCAAGGCCCGUGCCAUGCACAUAUGCACCUGGGUGGGGGGGCUCUGCUCAUCCCUCGGACUUGGCAUAGCCCCUGCCCUGAAUCCCCCCUCCCCGCCCCUCCCAGCACAGCUGGCCCUGAGUAUACACAGCUGUUUGCUCAGCAGCCCCCCACCCCACCCAGGGCAUUUAUGAGGGGGCUUUAUGGCCAUGGGGCUUCAAAGGACCUGACCCCCCCCAGGGCCUGUUACCAUCCUGGCCUGAAUGGGGGGGCAGGAUGUGGGUGGCCCCUUUCCUCCCAGAAGCCUGGAGGGGGGGCGGGGGCAGGGGGCCUGCCCUGCUGCACUGAGAAGGGCUCCCUCCCCCAGCCUGGCUUCGGUGCUACCAUUCACACCUGGGCAAACGGGCUGCUAAGGGCCCCCCAGGAGGCCAUUCUCAGCCACUUUGUCCCAUGUGAAGAAGCAGGGGGGUCACUUCAGCACCUGGGCAGCUGCCACCCCCAGCCUCAGGGCAUGACAGCCAGAUGUGCCCGCGGGGAGGGGGGAAGGGCACUGAGUGUCCUGGGGUUCACCCUGGCACUGCAGCCUGCCCCUGCGGCCCCACGGUGCAGGUGCCUGGGCUCUGCCCUGUGCUCUCAGCUGUGCCAUGCAGGGGAAGAGGUCACAGUGGUGGCAGCACUGGCAGGGGCACAGCCUAUGGGCUCUCCUGGGCUGGGGGAAGCCAGUACCUGCUGCAGGAGCCAUGCAUGUCUCUCCACCCUGUAAUCCCAGGUCAGGGCAUGGAGAGCUACCUGCCUGGCCUUGCUCUGUGCAGAUGCUGUGCUCCCUCCAGCUGGCUGCAGUGCCCAGGGCCUCUCAUCCCAUUACCCUGGGGCUAAGUGGCUGCUCUCAGCUUGCACCCCCUGCCAGGGCCUGGCAUGCAAGGCUCCGGGGUGUGCGCAUGGUGUGUGCUCAGGCCUGUGCACAUGGAGGGCAGACCGGUGCCCCAGGGGGGCUGCAGGGAGGCGGGUGGUGUUGUCACCCCCUUGUGCCCGCAACUGUGGGUCACCUGCCUGCCACGUGCUGCCCCCAGGCCCUGCACCAGGCCCUGCAGCCAGUGCCUAGAGUUGCAUGCUGGGCUUGGCUCAAUCCCAGGGGCACCUCCAGGCUGAAACAUGGCCCGGGCAGCUCCUUGGGGAGCUCUAGCCAUGGAAAGAGCCAACCUGAGCUGUGGGGGCUGCAGUUUCAGGGCCACAUAGUGCUGGCUCCCCAUGGCACUGCCCCCAGACUCCUUUCUGCAAGAUGGAUCCAGAGAAUCAGAGGGUUGCUGGGGCCCCUGGGGAAUGGGAAGGCAAUACCCAAUGCAGUGGUGGGGAGAGGGGCUGGGAAUCUCCCAGGCCGUAGGGUACACCUGGGGGAGCCCCAUCUGCCCGUCCAGUCCCUCAGGCGAGCAGCACCCCUCCGUGCAGCUGCAGGCAGUGCAAAAUGUCAGGGGAGGGCUAGGAGCCUGGCAGCCUGGUGCUGGGGCUGGGACCUGCCUCUCCCAUCAGGGCAGCCCCGGGGCCCCCCAGCACCAGGAUCUGGGUCCCCACCCCUGGUAUUCCUCUGGCUCCAGCUUGGUGGGGGCCGGGGCUGUUGCUGGGCCUGGUACCUGGGAAUGCCAACACCCCAAGGCCCUGCAUCGCUGCUCCCCUGCCCAUGCCAGGAUCCACUCCAUGCCUGCUGCUUCUCACUGGAUCCAAACCACCUUCGCUGCCCUGAUGCCAAAGGAGGUUGCAGCUGCAGCCCAGGGCAUGAGUGCUGUGGGCAGCUCAGUGCCGGGAGCAGGCCCUGGGUUAUGCCAUCUCUGUUGGCAAAGCCCAGAGGCAGCUGCGUGGGCAUGGGCACAGGGCACUGGUGACCACCUCCCAGUCUCUGGCAGAAGUGGGGUCAGGGUGGAUGCCAGGCUCAGUGCCCUCGCUGUGGGCACGGCGCAGACAGAACCGGGCUGGGCUGCAGGGGCCACGGGGCUCCCAGUGGUGUCGGUGCUGGUGCCAGGCUGGAAAGGUGCAGCCCUGCACGUCCGCAGCAGGCGGAAGCCACAUACAUCCGCAUUGGGCAAGGCCCGGAGCGUGGGCAGCCGGGGGAGGGAGGGUUUGGAAGGUUGACCUUGGUGUCCUGCCUUGUGCCACAGACCCUGACGCACAGAUUGAGGCACCCGCUGCGCUCUCCCCUGCUGCCUGCUCCACUGCCACAGGCUGCAGGGUGCCCUGGAGCCCGGUGCAGCCCAGCCGCUGCCCAGGGUUUUCUGGCCUGAGCCACUCCAGACCUGCGUCAGGCCCAAGGUGCCGGGAGGCUCCCGGUUCACGAGGGCGGUGGGAGCACCGGGGUGCCUGGAGGCCCCAGCCUGUGCCGGGGACCUGGUGCCUCUGGCAUCCCACUGUGCGCACGCCCCCCGCACGGCGAGCCAGGGAGGAAGCGUCUGGAAGCAGGAAGCCGCUCGCGGGCCAGCACUCGUCCCUGCUCCUUGGAGAAGCACAACAGGAAGCGGUGCUGGGCCAGCCCGGGGCUCCGGCCGCCUGGACUCGGGGCCCCGCUGGGAGCCGCCCCCCAUGGCCGCUGGCGAGGAGCAGGGGAGCAGCUGCAGGCCGCCAGGAGCAGGAUGUGGCGCCCAGACAGCCCCUUAGCAUGGAGCUGAACCGCCUGCUGCUCCUCACAGCCUUCCUCCUGCAUGUCCGGCUAUCCAGGAUGAGCCCAACCCGCCUGGUCUGCGACAGCCGCCUUAUCCACAAGUACAUCGCUGAGGCCAAGGACAUGGAGAGGAGAGCGGGCCUGUGCCAGGAGCUGCUCCCACUCCCCAAGCCCGUCCUGCUGCCCCUGGUGGACUUCAGCCUCCGCGAGUGGAAAGUCAAGACCAAUGAGACCAAGCGGCAGGAGAUCCUGUGUGACCUGGCGAUGCUGGCAGAUGCUGUGACGGCCGCACAGAGCCACGUGGGGCUGGAGUGUGCAGGUGCCCUGCUAGAACAGCUCUACCGCAAAACCAGCUCCUUCCAUCUGCUGCUGCAGACUUUCAGCUGGCAGGUGGGCGCUGGGGGCCCCAGCUGCACCCCACGGACCGUGGCCCAGAGCCACCCCAGCACUGCAUUCCUAGCAUACCGGCAGCUGGUGCAGGGCAAGCUGAGGUUCCUGUUCCAUGACCUGGCCCGGGAGUCAUGUGCUGAGGGCAGCCCUGGCAAAGCCCCAGAACCCCCCAGCCCCUCAGCGGGCCGGUGAGAACAUUGCAUGCUGAUGGUUAGAUACCAUGGGCAGAGCGGGGCCCUGCUCUCCAGGGCAGGGCAGGUAGAGGCCCUGUUGGAGAUGGGGGCUGCUGCAGCCACACAUUCGCACGGACAACAGGCAGCAGGUUCCUCUGGUGUGACAGCCUACUCCAGUGGUGAGUGGCCCAGUACCAAGGGGCAGGGCUGGAAGGAACCUGGCCCCAGGAGACAACUGGCUGGAAGAUGUGGCUCUGCUUGGCUCAGGGCUCCUUCAGGAUGCAGGGCAGUACGUGCUUACAGCAGCUUGCUUCCCCGGCAGUACAGGGCCUGCAAUGCAGGCACUGUGAGGCCCCAUGGGCAAGGCCAAAGGACUUGAUUUUCCCAUGGGCACCAGGAGUGGCAGCAGGGUGUGCCCCCCCCAUGCCUUCAUCCCAGCGCACAGCCAAAGGCCCUGCAGCCAGACUGGUCUGAUGCAGCUGACCCAGCUUCUGUGCCUGCUGGUUUGCUGCUGCAGGGAUCAGACAGCAGAGUGAAGAGCAGUGCCUGGGACAGAAAGGACAGAGGUCCUAGGGUUUACUGGAGGCAGGGGAGUCAGGGUCUUUCUACUGUGAAAACCUUUUCCGAUUAAAGAGCUAUUUUUCUAC